UUACCAUCAAAAUGAAGGAUAAUGUUACCAGAACAUUGCCAAGGGGAAACGUAAAAGCUUCUGUGUGGAAGAGAAUUAUCAGCCGCCGUAUUCUGAAACGAAGAAGAGAGAGGAAAUUGAAUUUGCUUUAUUCAAUGUUGAGAGUUAUACUGCCCAAAUCUAUCAAGGUAACAGAGCAAGUUUCAAACUCCAAAGAUUCCUCAGUUGAAGAAGGCUGCAGCUCAUCUUUAAUGGCUCACCUCCCACCAAAAAAUCUCCAGGUUUUGAAACCAUCUGAACUAAAAGAAUGUAAUGUUACAAAGAAGGUUGACGUUCUUGCCGGAAAAGCAGAAUGACUGUCUCAAGACUGCAGCAGUGGAAGAAAGGAAGUUUAUGCUCUGGUUAUAUUAUAAUCCAUUGAAGACUGACCGCUUCUUUCUGCCUUAAGCUUUUCUUGACUGCAUUGAACAUAUAAAUAAAAUAAAACCUUUCUUGAAA